AUGCCUUUGCUGCCACCAGCGAACAAACCGAGACAGGAAGAGAAAUCGAUCAAACUUUUAUGCAUCCAGCUUCAGAAAUGUGAACAAAAAGAUGUUUACAGAGAUUGCAAUCAAACCGCCUCCAGGUGGGGCUCAUGGGAGCCCCUCCCAACAUUGCUUAUCAUCCCCACCUGCUUUCUCCACUCUCCCCCCUCCCCGCCUGCACUUUUCACACACAGGAGGGAAGCUGAGGCCUACAAAAUGGCUCCCUCUGCUAAACCAGCCUUCAUUUCAUGUAGCUCGACCCUCAUUCUUGCCCCCAAAGAAGGGAACCAGCUGCUGCGAUGUGGUGGGCCAGCUUCUCCAGCCCCUUCCCUUGUCCCAGUCAGCCCUCGGCACUUCCCCUCCCUCCCCAAGUGCCACUCUCCGAGCGGGGUGUAA